AUGAUCGAAUAUGCCGCUCGUUUGCUUCGGUUCGCGGACGAGCUCGAGGAGGGCGCCGAUGUGGAUUCGCGCGUGUCGCUGCUCCGAUACGGGGUUGAGGCUGUAUUAACGCUCGCCGGUGCUAUAGAGGGAGAUUCCAGCAGAGCAGGGCACGAGGGCCCGUCCCGCGCCGAUGCUGACGAGUUGCGCCACCAGGAAGACAAAGUGAUUCAGUUCGCCUGUGCCCUUGGAUUCGACGCGGCUGAUGAGCCUUGCGACAGCGAAGAGAUCACGACCUCGGCGACGCCAGCCGCGCACACGAGGCGGAGGAGAAAACGCGAGUCAUCCAGGAGAGCGGGGAAGAAGCACCGUCUGAGCUUCGACUCCGAACAGUCAGACCAGGUGGAGGAGGACAAGGAGGUUCCAGCGGCGAACGGGAGAUCGUCCAAGAAACCCAAGUGUGGCGGACGGAACCCGUGGGCGGUCAAGCUCAAGAAACCUAUCAUCCACGACACGGAAGAGAAGCUUACCCUCGCGGAGCUCGUCACGGACCUCAACCAUGGCGUCGCAGCAGGGUACGACGGGCGACAAAUGAGCGACGAACUGAACGAGCUGGUUGCGGAGUACGCGCAGUCGAAAGCCGAUCGUCCCGUCGAAGAGCAGUCUCUUUUCGCACUCAUUGGCCAGGACGGUGCCCAGACCACCGAGCAGCGAUUGUCGGUGGCCAUGAUGAAGGGGAAGCCGGAACUGGGGGGGUUCGUUGGGGACAUCGAACAAUCGGCACCAGAGGGACUCACAAACAAGCCGCCGGAGUUUCACGUGAAGCUCAUGUCUGGGCCAAAAGCCGCGCCUGCGACUGGGCCAUACGGGCCGGACGAGUGGCACAUCCCCAAGGAGAACGGGCGGAUGAUCGUGAAGGGGCCCAUGGCUAGGGGGGAGCAGGCUACCACGCGCGUGGACCGCGACAGCGCCCGCCAGUCGGUGGUAGACCGCGCCGAAUCCAGGAUGCCCCCGAUUGGAGCUCCCCACAACCCCUUCGCCGACAGCCUUGUCUUGUCCGACACAGCCCCGCGCACGACGGGGUCACGCAAGGCAACGGAGGCAAACAACGCCAUGGCGUGGGACGGCAGUGCGGGGAACUGGGUCAAGGCCGCCAGCCAGAAAGCCUUGAACAGUGGUCCCGGUUACGGUGCCGUCGGAAAGCCCUUCAACAGCGGCAACGGGGCCACCGCGAGAGACUUCAGUGCCGAGGGGGCGAACGACAAGUGGUACGGGCUCCACCUCGACAUCCCAACGAGAGAUCUCGCCGCGAAACUUCGACUCCUGGUGCAGCCGGAUGGGAGCCUGAAGGACGCCCCCCUCUGUGACACAGAGGUCAACCCCGAUCACCCUGGCCUCACCAAGGGCCGAUCGACAUUUGGCCUCGACCGGGAGGGUGCGCUCAUCAUGGGCGUGCACAACGGCCAGAGUCUCAACCGGUGCGUUGGAGGGGGAACCAUCCCUGUGACCACCGCAGCGCCGCCCUACAGGGUGCCUCACUUCGCCAUCGCUCCUCUGCUCGCGGGCAAGAUCGUGUCUAACAAGACCCACAACAAGAGGGAGAGGACGCGCGCGAAGCUGAACGAGGAGUAAACGGUGGCCGUUUCCCUAGUUUCGCGCAUCGCGUGGUCCCGGAAACCACCUUCUGCCCUCGUCCUCGCGGUAGUCGUGUGCGCUCUUCUUCCGCGUUUCGACUGUUGGUUGUUGUCACAGCCAAUUUAGCAAAAACAUCGACGACAUGUAUGUGUUACGAUAGUAUCGCCCACUC